UGUGUAUGUGCUUGUGGGCCAGCCAGUUCGGCCCAGGCCUGUAUCGGCCCUCCACGGUCCUAGAGCCUCUAGUGUUGCCAGGGACGUCUGGGCCGGAUGUGACGUUACUGUAGAGGAAGAAGAGAGAGGCGGAGCGUGGCGUGGUGACGUCCUCCCAAGAUGGCAGCGAGAGAGUGAAGAAACAGUGUUUCCGCUUGGUUUGCCAUUAGAGCAAGGGUAAAAUUCCAUUGAGAUAUCAAGAUGCAGUAUUCGCACCACUGUGAGCACCUUUUAGAGAGACUGAACAAACAACGGGAAGCAGGUUUUCUUUGUGACUGCACCAUAGUGAUCGGGGAAUUCCAGUUUAAAGCUCAUAGGAAUGUGCUUGCCUCGUUUAGUGAGUAUUUUGGUGCAAUCUACAGAAGCACUUCUGAGAACAAUGUCUUUCUUGAUCAGAGUCAGGUGAAGGCAGAUGGAUUUAAGAAACUGUUGGAGUUUAUAUACACAGGAACUUUAAACCUUGACAGUUGGAAUGUUAAAGAGAUUCAUCAGGCUGCUGACUAUCUCAAGGUGGAAGAGGUGGUCACUAAAUGUAAAAUAAAGAUGGAAGAUUUUGCUUUUAUUGCUAAUCCCUCUUCUACAGAGAUAUCUAGUAUUACUGGAAACAUUGAAUUGAAUCAACAGACUUGUCUUCUUACUCUACGAGAUUAUAACAGUCGGGAGAAAUCAGAAGUGUCUACGGAUUUAGUUCAGGCAAAUCCUAAACAAGGGGCUUUAGCAAAGAAGUCGUCUCAAACUAAAAAGAAGAAGAAGGCCUUCAAUUCCCAGAAAACAGGGCAGAAUAAAAGAGUGCAAUAUCCCAGUGACAUUUUAGAAAAUGCAUCUGUUGAAUUAUUUCUAGAUGCAAAUAAAUUGCCCACACCUAUAAUAGAACAGGUUGCACAAAGAAAUGAUAAUUCAGAACUCGAGUUGACAUCAGUUGUGGAAAAUACUUUUCCAGCACAAGAUAUUGUGCAAACUGUUACAGUGAAACGGAAACGUGGAAAAUCACAGCCAAAUUGUGCUCUGAAAGAACACUCUAUGUCUAAUAUAGACACUGUCAAGAACUCUUACGAACUGGAGAGCUCUGGGGAAGAGCUGGAUCAGAGGUAUUCCAAGGCCAAGCCAAUGUGUAAUACCUGUGGGAAAAUGUUUUCAGAAGCCAGCAGCUUGAGAAGGCACAUGAGAAUACAUAAAGGAGUCAAACCUUAUGUUUGCCACUUGUGUGGAAAGGCAUUUACCCAGUGUAACCAGCUAAAAACGCAUGUAAGAACUCACACAGGUGAGAAGCCAUACAAAUGUGAAUUGUGUGAUAAAGGAUUUGCUCAGAAAUGCCAGCUAGUCUUCCAUAGUCGCAUGCAUCAUGGUGAGGAAAAACCCUAUAAAUGUGAUGUAUGCAAUUUACAGUUUGCAACUUCUAGCAAUCUCAAGAUUCAUGCAAGGAAGCAUAGUGGAGAGAAGCCAUAUGUCUGUGAUAGGUGUGGACAGAGAUUUGCCCAGGCCAGCACACUGACCUAUCAUGUUCGUAGGCAUACUGGAGAGAAGCCUUACGUAUGUGAUACUUGUGGGAAGGCAUUUGCUGUCUCUAGUUCUCUUAUCACUCAUUCUCGAAAGCAUACAGGUGAAAAACCAUACAUAUGUGGUAUUUGUGGGAAAAGUUUUAUUUCCUCAGGAGAGCUCAACAAACACUUUCGAUCCCAUACAGGAGAAAGACCAUUUAUCUGUGAAUUAUGUGGAAAUUCUUACACUGAUAUUAAAAAUUUAAAGAAGCACAAAACAAAAGUUCAUUCUGGGGCAGAUAAAAUUCUAGAUUCUAGUAUAGAGGAUCAUCCCUUCUGUGAACAGGAUUCCAUACAGAAAAGCCCUUUAUCAGAAACUUUGGAUGUGAAGCCUUCUGAUAUGACUUUACCACUGGCCCUUCCACUUGGGACUGAGGACCACCACAUGCUUCUGCCUGUCACAGAUAAUCAGUCUCCUACAUCAGAUACAUUGUUGAGAUCAUCUGUGAAUGGGUAUUCAGAACCACAGUUGAUUUUUUUACAACAGUUAUACUGACUUUGUGAGGAGUAUGGAAUUGCUAAGACAUCUCUGGUAGUAAACAUAAACAUCUCUGGUAAGGUGCAGAUACUCAUCUUAAAAUACUAUUUAUUUGAGUUGUGGCCAUCAUGAUUCAUUCACUCAAGUAAAGGCACCUGAUGCUGCAUCAUAGCCACCAUGCCUGUUUUGAGUUCUGGCUUUUAUGUCUAGAUUACACCUGUAGCUUUUUAAGAAAUGAAUUAUAAUACAGUAGCACUAUUUUGGGUGGUUAGGUUUCAUUUUCUUUUAGAGCUGCCUUAAUUCCAUUUUUAUUUUGCAUCUUAGAAUUAAUUGCCUUCCAUGCAUUGAAAUGGAGUCUGUCAGUUUAUAUGAUUCAGUUUGAUCUGUGUGAUUUAAAACUUUUCUUUCCCUCAAAAUUUAAGCAAAAUCUACCAUGGCAUCAGCCCAAGAGUGUUGCUGUUACUAAGCCCCACAGACCAAUGCAUAAACUAUGAGGGAAAAAAAAUAAAAUUUCAUAUUUCUGCCUAAGAAAAUUUAAGUACUAAUAAGAAUUAUGCUAUUUCUCUAUUAAUAUAAUCCAUUGGAGGUAACUUUUCUAAUGAAACAAAAAGAAGUGUUUCUCUUAAGAGCUAGAAAACUAUAAAUUUUUGUUCAUUUUAGAACUCAGUAGUCUGGAGAAAACUAAUACUUUUGAGUUACCUGAGACUGCAUUUUCAAAUAAGUUUAUAAUAGAUAUUUGGUGUUUUUACCUUGUUACAAGACAUUUUCAAAAUUUGACUCUGGUUAUGUUUUAACAGGUUUCUAGGUUACUGAAGAUGAGGAAAAUUUUGAUAAGCCUCUUGUUAUGCACUUUUUAAAAUAUUAAAUUCUAAAAAGAAUUUUCUAAAUAUAAACUUAAAGCAUACUAUAAAUCACUUGGCUCCUGAAUAUGAUUCAUUAUAUUACAUAGGUUUAGGAAAUUAACUUCAAUUAUAAGUAAACAUUUGAGUUACCGGAAAGCCAGUUUAUUAAAUGUUUUAUAUUUGAGUGUUCUUUAAGUUUUAAGACUUAAAAUUUUAUAGUAAACCACAACAUUUGGUGGUAGUUGUAGCCUCACAGUAGCCCUUCUCCUUCCUGCUGAACAUAGAACAUUCAGUAUUACUCUCUUUGCUACCACUCUUCCCUACCCCACUUUUCCCACAUACUGACUUAUUUUACUGUGUGAUCUUUGGACAUUAAAUUACCAGUUUCACAAAGACAGUUCUUAUACUGCUGAUUGAACACUGUGGUGACAUAUUUUAUUUCUGCCAUGCAUUAGUUGUGGCUUGGUUUUGUUUUUAAAGUAUACCUGUAAUAAAGUUAAUGUAUUUUCCAUUGGUAUUGAUUUCUUUAAUUGUAUUUUCUCUGGGGUUCUGGUCACAGGAACCAACUAGAGGACAUAAUAAAACUAUGUAAUUCUUGUAAACUGUAGAAAUUGUCACCAUUUCACAGCACACUCAGCAUUUUCACAAUAAAUUGCUACCAGUGGUAUUGACUUAAUUGAAUAGAGUUUGAAAUAUUGCCUUGUAUUUCCAUCAAACAUAGUAUUUAAUUAUUUAUCUAAGAAAUCUAAAUAUGCAUGUAUAUUAACAUACAGAGUUUAAGUACAACUUAUAAAAUGUUCAACUAAUCUGUUUUGGCUUAAAUGCAAUAGGAAUUUAUUGGAAUGUGAAUGUUUUAAAGAAAAUUAAAAGACUCGGCUUUUUAAAGAAGUCUGCUGAAAUAGAGAGGUUAUAUUUAAUUGACACCUUCAUUAACCUAAACAUCUAAUGAACAAAAGUUCUUUUUAAAAACACUACAGUGAUGUCAUAAUUCUGUGAGGGCAGAAAGCACCAAAUUUCCUCUAACAUGGUAAUUAGCAUUCUGCCUUUGCAUAGAUUAACCUUCACAUUUAUUAUUUUUAGCGUUACUGGAUUAGAGUGGGUGUGGUUGAUUUGCUGUGCUUUUUUCAUCACAGUAUCUGCUUCUUAAAUAAUUUUAUUUUAAAUUGGGAUGGCUUGAUACUCUUCCACAAUGAACAGGUAAACAAAGAUUGAAAACUGAAGUUACUGUCUUGUCAUUCUUAAAAAACCAUUCUUUUUUUUAUCAUGAUGUGCUUAUAUUUUAGUUGUAUCCAGUAUCAUUCUAAUACAAUUUAUUAUUUUAGUUCAGUUCAUCUUUAAAUAUAUUAUAAUACAGUGUGCUAAGAAGGGUCUAUAAAUUAUUUAAGUAUUACUAAGUAUUUUGAAAGUGGGAUGCUGAAGAUCUUAUUGAGUAACAAAUUAUUUUCUAAAUUUUGUUUUAUAUUUGUAUUAGAUUUUUAUUACUGUAUUGAUAGAGAUUAGACUUUUCCAAUAGAAACAAUAGACUAUAUAUAAAUGAUUUUUGCUGUUUUAAAAUGGUACUUGUUUUGUGUUUAAUUUCAUAGGAUUUGAUAGACAAAUUUUAGAAAAUUGUUUUUCUUUCCAAAAGAAAAGGUUCUAUCAGUUCUGUUGCAACAAUAGUUUAUCACUUUUCUGUAUGUUUUAAUUCUACAGAGAUUGUGCAAAUGUGUAGUGGAAAUAUACUCAUGUAAAGACAUGUAUUCAUGUUUCUAGAUAUCCAAGAAUAGUAGUUGUGCCACUUGAUGCAUAUCGGAAACAUCUUUAUAGAAUAAUGAUAUCCAGACCCCGCCCCAACUUAGGCCUGCUGAAUCCUCGGGACAUGUACAUGCUGGCAAAGCCCCACUGGUUAUUUCAAUGUAUACUAUAUGAUGAGAACUAUUGUCCUAAAUGCUUCUUCCUUUGGGAAGCAUUUAUAAAUGAAGCUCUUGAUAUAACUUUCCAUCUUUUUCAAAGAUUUUGAGUCUGAGAACUUAGCUAGAAAUACUACUGAGUAAAAAGAAAUUGUAAAUUGUAUUUUAAUACAAUACCUAGAAGUUCUACACUUUUACUCAUUAUUUAUAAACAGUAUUGAGAUUUACUUAUUGGAGUAUUAAGUUUUGGAGAUAAUAAUAUGGUUUCUUUUUCUGUCUUUUGCAACCCCUAUUCCUGUUCAUUCAGGUGAGAUUUGGUAUGUUUGUU